AUGCACAAAUUCGUUUUGUUCGACCUAGCGAAGAUUGUGGCGUUGAGAAAUGCCGAUUCACAGGUCGACUACAUGCUCAUUGCACUCAACGAGGAUUCGAAGUGUCGCUUCAAAGAAAGGUCAACCAUUGGCUCACCCUCCAAGACUGCUCCUAUUGAAUGCCCACUGGAUAGGAAAAAAUCUCAUUAUCACUGCCUUUACUGUCAAAAACACUUCCUUCAAGUCGACGAUCAUCCAGCUGGAAUCUGCAGACGGCUGCAGAUAUACGAAGCUGCCAAGGGAGUUUGUCAACGACCAUUUUGUAAGCUGAAGAAGAAAACAUUGCAUUUCCAUUGUAUUGUGUGUGAUCAAGGGUUUUCCGAUAAAAGCAAACUGCAAGUCCAUUCACUGAAGCACAGAAUCUACUCGGCUAACCGUUGGUCAUCUGGUACGUCUAAUCCCGGCUUUCCAUGCUCCACAAAGAUCAUUAAGAGAUUGAAAAGUGUCGAAAAUCAUUUUCAGCUAUCACAGACGAGGCUAACUCAACAUCGUCUAUCAUUCACAGACUCUGGCCGGAUUCCCCCUGAGACCCUUUCGAUGACGGCAAAACUUGAUCGUAUGGGAUAUGUCCCACCUCCUCCACCGUACUCCCCAAUUCACUACGAGGUUCUGAUUCAAAUUCCCUCAGAGUACGACGUCAACUCGAAAUGA